GCACUUCAAAAUUGACUGCUUCUUCUAUUGGCCAAAAAUUAACAAAUUGAAUAUGAGCAGCAUCGCGUAGCUACAAAACUUGAGUAACCUUCACUUCCACACAUAUCAAUUCCGCCCUCAAUUGAAUCUCUUGCUAAUCCAAUUUUUCAAUCACAACGGAAUGGCGUCGGAUCUGAGGGCCAGGUUUUUGGAGGUUUAUUCCAAGCUCAAAUCUGAGCUCUUGAGCGACCCUGCUUUCGAGUGGACUGAUGCCUCUCGUCAAUGGGUCGACCGUAUGCUAGACUACAAUGUGCCCGGAGGGAAGUUGAACCGAGGUCUGUCAGUUAUUGAUAGCUACAAGUUACUAAAAGAAGGAAAAGAUCUAACUGAUGAUGAAGUGUUCCUAGCUAGUGCUCUUGGCUGGUGUAUUGAAUGGCUCCAGGCAUAUUUUCUUGUCCUUGAUGAUAUUAUGGAUAAUUCUCACACACGACGUGGUCAGCCAUGCUGGUUUAGAAUCCCCAAGGUUGGUAUGAUUGCUAUAAAUGAUGGAAUCAUUCUCCGGAACCAUAUCCCCAGAAUUCUUAAGAAGCACUUCCGAACAAAGGCUUACUAUGUCGAUCUGCUGGAUUUGUUCAAUGAGGUGGAAUUUCAAACUGCUUCGGGACAGAUGAUAGAUUUAAUUACAACUAUUGAAGGAGAAAAAGAUUUGUCAAAAUACUCAUUGCCUCUUCAUCGCCGUAUUGUUCAGUACAAGACUGCCUACUACUCAUUUUACCUUCCAGUUGCUUGUGCAUUGCUCAUGGCGGGUGAGGACCUGGAGAAACAUCCAACAGUAAAAGAUGUGCUUAUUAAUAUGGGAAUAUACUUUCAAGUACAAGAUGAUUAUUUAGAUUGCUUUGGUGAGCCUGAAAAGAUCGGGAAGAUUGGUACAGAUAUUGAAGAUUUCAAAUGUUCUUGGCUGGUUGUAAAGGCCCUAGAGCUUUGUAACGAAGAACAGAAGAAAACUCUUUUCGAGCACUAUGGAAAGGAAGAUCCGGCUGAUGUUGCAAAAAUCAAAGUCCUAUACAACGAGAUCAAUCUACAAGGUGCGUUUGCUGAGUUCGAGAGCAAGAGCUACGAAAAACUAAACAGCUCGAUUGAAGCUCAUCCCAGCAAAUCUGUACAAGCGGUGCUCAAGUCUUUCUUGGGAAAGAUAUACAAGAGACAGAAAUAAGAAGACAAAGCUCUCAGCACAAGAAUGAAGCAGAAUCAAAGAAUCCCACUUCAUAUCCUGAUUCAUGUUUUUAUUCUUCAACCUGGGUAGCUAUUCUGUUUGUACAACUGUUUGUGGGUUUUAAUUAAUUUUCAGCCCAUUUUUUAGACCAAUAAAAAGGGGACUAACAUGUUUCUGAAUUGUAGUAGUAUAAUAAAUUUAAUGGUUUUCCUA